AUGGAUGGUCAGCGGAAUCCUGAGCUCCAGCGUGUGCUAGCAGCACUGAAUAGCUUUUCACAACACCAGCUACACCAACACCAGCACCAGCACCAGCAACCAUCUCCAUUUGGACCCGGCUCCUACAACAACCAGGCGUCUUUUGGCACGAACUCGCACGCCCCAAACUUUGCCAUCCCUGGCCUGGGCUUGCUACCAACAACUCUCCAUGAGAAAACCAUCUCUCCACCAGCCAUCCAGAGCCAACAAGAAUUAACUUCAACCUCGUCCCAACCACAAAGUGGGAUUUCAACACCACGCCUCCCGGAGAAUCUGCGCAGCAAGACUGCCACUCCUAGUAUCAAUGUCCCCGACGCAUCGGCCAUCACCACCUGGCCAGCAGCGCUGAAACACGUCUCGCGCCAUCUCGUCCACAACGAGCAAGUGGCAAACAGAAUCAAGCACUUGAUCAACGAACAGCAUAAGCAUGAGCGGCAGUGGUGGGCAGGACGUGAAGCUAUUAUUGCGAGGCGGCAGGGAAGGUCCGGGACGUCACAGCAGGUCUCGGCGAUAUUGAAAUCCCUUGGUGCGAAGGAAGUGGCACCCGCGCCCCCACCAACAGCUUCAUUGUCAGAUGAACAGAAGAAAUCGGACCAAGCAGAGUUAGAUGCUUAUGAUAAGAAAGUCUAUGCUGGUUUGUUGGCCAUGACGGCAGAUUUUGACAGGCAGUUGCGAGCUUUGGGUGUGCCAUUUUAUGCCAUUAAGCAUGAAUUGGUCAUUUUGGAAGAUGGCCCUGAGAAACAGGCUGGUGCAAACAAGGGGAAGAUUGACAAAGGAGAGUUGAGGGAGUUGCAGAAAAGGAUGUGUCAGACUUUGGAGGAUUUGUUUGGGGACUGA